UUUUCUUUCCCACCACAACCAAAACCAAAACCCAAACCCAGACAAAGCCACCAAAUCUGAAAAAACAACAAAUUUGAAGAGAGAGAAAAUGUCAGGAAGAGGAAAGGGAGGAAAGGGGCUCGGAAAGGGAGGAGCCAAGAGGCACAGGAAGGUAUUGAGGGACAACAUUCAGGGUAUCACUAAGCCUGCCAUUCGCCGUCUUGCUCGUCGAGGCGGUGUUAAGAGGAUCAGCGGCCUGAUCUACGAAGAAACUCGCGGUGUUUUGAAGAUAUUUUUGGAGAAUGUUAUCAGGGAUGCUGUUACCUACACCGAGCAUGCUCGCCGUAAGACGGUUACUGCUAUGGACGUUGUCUAUGCUCUUAAGAGGCAGGGCCGUACUCUUUACGGUUUUGGUGGUUAGGUUUGUGGAUUUGUUUUUAGGGUUUGUGUUUAGAUCUAAGUGUAGUUUGAAGAAGUUUUAAUUACUUUCUGAUGUAAUUGGAAAUUCGAAUCGAAUAUAUGAAAUAUAUGGCUUUUUUUAAUA